AUGGACUCGUCUAGUUCAGCUUUCUCACGGCUAUCCCUUGGAGAUAUUCUUACGCCACAAACCACAAGGCCCACGGACAAGUCCCUUGCCGGCGAUACAGAUAUCUUUCAGAUCGACAGGUUUAUCAGUGAAAGCUUUGAUAGCGGACUACUUAUUCUUGAUGAAAACGAGUUUGAGAGGGGUGAAUUCCUUGGAUCUGGGAGGUCUAUGUCCACAUACAAAGGGAAAUGGAAGUCCAGAUCGAGGCCCGUUGCUCUGAAGUAUAUCAACCUUUCUCCUCCAGUGGGAACGUCAUCUGCUGCUGCUCGUGGCACUGAACUUCAAAGUAUAUUAAGAUCUGCGGCAUUAGAGCUAAGAGUGCUCCAACAUGAGACCACUCGCAUCCAUCCAAAUAUAGUGGAAAUUUUGGCAGUCUCCUGGCAACAGAUCACUACGCUAACUGGUCAAUGUGAAAUAUAUCCUAUUCUGAUAAUGGAGCUUGCUUGUCCGGAUUAUCCUACCCUAGGAGAAUUGGCUAAGAAGGAGUUCCACAAUCUUUCACUGACCAUCAGACUUUCACUCCUCAGGGAUGUAUUUGAAGGCAUUGCUGUUCUGCAUGAACUUGACAUCGUCCAUGGAGACCUCAAACCUGACAAUGUUCUGAUAUUUCGUGAUGCAAGUGGAAAUCUAACGGCAAAGAUCUCCGACUUUGGAUUCUCCCAAGUUGAGUUACCGGCUGGUAGCCCAAGCUUUGGAGCUGGAGGGACAGAAUACUGGAACGCCCCAGAAUGUUUGAGGGAUGCUCCCGAUCCCCUUGCGAUUUUCAGAAAGGAAAAGUCGCGGGACUUUUACUCCUAUGCCCUCUUGGCCGUUUCCAUUUUUCUAGGAGAGCCACCGUUUGACAAGCAAGGUUGGAAUCUUGCCGAAAUUUCGAGGAUGAAGUUGCAAGACGAGAUUAGUGGACAGUUCGCAUCGCGAUGGAGAUUUAUAGAGUCAAGAUUCAAGCAAGAUCCAACGCAGUGGCGUAAUCUGUCGGGUCCACUCCUCUGGGAGGUACUGCGGAAAGAUGGCUGGAGCCCUGAAGAGGAUCUUCCCUUGUCUCUACUGAGGUUGAUUCCAAAGAUGUUACAGCUGGAGCCAUCAAAAAGACCGACAACACAUGAAAUUCGAAGUGCCUUUAGGCUUUGCACAGGCGACAGAGUUAUUAAGCCAAAGGUUAACCGGGUGAAAAACGAUAAACAUGUCAUAUUCGCGGGGGGAGCUGCCUCCGUAAUGGGCAACCGUUCAACUCGGGCACACAGUCUUUGCAACCCCGCAAUUCCGCAUAAUUUACGGUUCGCGUUAUUUAAGAGUUUCCUAGUCUCGGCAAGGGAUCAGAAUCAAGCAAGGAGGACAAACGCUAUGGUAAACAUUGGCUAUUGCAUGAUAAAUGCGUUUGGGACACGGUUUGAUCUCCCUGAAGCUAUAGUUUGGUUUGGUAGAGCUGGCAUGGAAGGUGAUACAACGGGCCAGGAGAUGGUAUUCAGACUAGAAAGAGUUCUGAAGAAAAGCGCAACGGAGCUCGUCCUGGGACUGAAUAAUUCAACUCGAGUCAACUGGAUGGUGACGUGCCUUCUGCGAGAUCUUGGUGCUCCUCAACUUCCUAACAUUCUGCCGCCAGAAAUUCAUUUGGAGCGACCACAAGAUAAAUUGAAAGACAUUCUUCUAGGAUUCGAACCGGAACUGGUGGAGAGUGGCCUGAGGCGUGCCGUCGAUGACGCGAUUAUCAAAACUCUGGCGCCACAGAGCAAAGAUUAUAGUAAAGAUCCGGCUUGGAAGAGCUUCCCAGGGUUAUGGGAUGCAGUAGUCAGCGACGACCCUGCCGCUGUAAGUGAGCUCCUUGACGUCAACGAUCCCCGGUGGACUCCAAAUGUCAGGGAGACCUUCAUUCUCACCGCUUUGGAGCAAAGGGCUAUGAAUGUCCUACGAUCUCUUGUCUAUGAACACAAGUUCUACAUAGACAAAGUAUUUGAGAUAGCAUUAGGGAGAGCUUUUCUCAAAUCAGACACGGAAAUGAUUGCACUUCUACUAGCUCUUGAAGUUCCUUGGGACAUCAUGUUUGGCUCUAAUUCUCUGAACUCAGUACUCACUGGCUGCACGGUAACAACAAUUACGGUGGCGCUGAGGUUGUUCAGCUAUCUGAAAGUUGACGAUAGUACAGAAUACUCUCCAUAUUGGGAUGAAGGAGUAUUACGCCGGGAGAUCAUGGAUGGCAUUCAGCCAGGCAUGUGUAGCCUUCCUAGCGAUGUUGGAACGGUUGACAACUAUGCACCACCUAUCUUCGAGACCAUUGUCUAUAAUAGGCCUCUCAAUUUAUGGCUUAUUCUGUCUCUCGGUGGCAACCCGAAUGUCAGGUAUAUGGGAAUGACAGCGCUCCAUUUCGCCGUGAAGAUGCUUCGUCCGUUGCUUGUGGCAAUGCUUCUCGCUUUUGAUGCUGACCCAAAUACGAGAGACACCAGGCAUGAAUAUGAGACUCCUCUUCAUCAAAUAUCUCGCCAACACAUGCGUCCGCUGAAUACCCCCAGGGAUACAUAUUUUCAGGCCCUUGAUGUCUUCGGUGACAAGUUUGUCCCUGCGCCUGAAUACCCAGACGAGGAUAACAAUCACAGGCGACUUAUCAUUCGCCUUCUUGUUGAAUACGGUGCUGACCUCAAUGCACUAUGCGCCGAGGGUAUGACACCACUCACCAAAGCUGUCCUUUCACAAUUACCACACGCGCCUAUUAUCGCAAAAUAUUUGAUUGAGUUGGGUGCAGACUCCUCAAUUGCAGGAGCAUCUGGCUUUUCUUCAUUGCAUGCUGCCAGCACAAAAGGCAGUUUACAGCUUUUAAGAUAUAUUUUAUACUUGCCAGGCCUCUCUAUGUUGAAUCUACGCUCAAACAAUGGGACGACGCCUCUAAUGGCAGCAUCAACUGACGAUGACCGAGCACACCAUCUUAUUGAGCUAUUGGAGGCUGGAGCGGACAUAGGUCUUCGAAAUAAUAGCGGCCACAAUGCCCUCUCCAUAGCGAUGAAGCACUCCCGAAAGAUUAUUUUUGACAUUCUGGUUACGCAUAUCACACAGGUUCCGCCCCGUCUGCGGGAGGCAGUUUUUGUGAAUGCAGUCUCUGGUAUUACGGCCGCUCACGAUGCGUUUGCCUCCAAGGACCAAGAAAUGAUACCACAUUUUCUACGUCGAAUGAUACCCAUUAUGACGCAUUUUCACCGGCCAAACAAAUCUGGCCUUACACCGCUGCACCUUGCUGUGCUUAAGAAGCAUACAGCAGCCCUGAGACUUCUACUGGAUAACGGGGCCAAUGUAGAUGCAAAAACUGACAAAGGAAUGACCCCCCUGGAUCUUGCACGCGGACUUCGUGAGCGUACCUUCGUUAAUAUACUUCUUCGUUGGAAAGGAGAGAGUCAAAUGAGAAACGAACCUCCUUUGGCGCCAGAACAGUUCCAAUCAUUAUCCGCGGCUUCUGCUCAAUACGCCGAUGAAGUAGCAAGCAUGCACGGUGAAGGGAAUGGUUCCACGUCUCAGAGCGCAGAAACUGAUUUGCAAGCUGCACGUUACAAGCAGAAGCUCAUGAACGAUAGUCAAUAUAUACCCAACGAUCGAUUCACUCGGGAUACUGCUGACCCGUCGAAAGGAAUUACCAAGAUAGAGGAGGUCCACUCGAAGAUGCUGGAAAUAUCCGUAUCGAGAAAGGGAGAGCAGGACUAUACUUCGCUAUGGAGGAUGAACAAUUUAGGAUGCGUGUACGAGCGGUUUGGUAGAUUAUUUAACGCCGAGACCAUAUACAGAAAGGGUUGGAAUAUAUCUCUUGAGGUUCUCGGGAACAAUCAUAUUCUUACGGCGGAUUUUGCUAACAAACUAGUCCGAGUCUUGGAGGACCUGGGUCGGCCUGAGGACCCAGUGUUGACCGAAUGGAUAUCCUGGUAUGGGAAGGAUACGUUGGAGCCACCACUCUUUCAAUUGCGGUCUCAACCGGGCAAUGCAUAUAGCGGUUCUACUUCAUCCACUCGGCCAGAAGUCGAAGAGAUUUGCGCGCGCCUGGAGUGCAACAACUCCAGUCGGCUUACAUGCCAAAAGUGUUUGGUAUACAGAUUCUGCUCGGAGUCAUGCCGCAGCCUUGAAUGGGAGGAUAAGACGAGCAGCCACAGCCGUGAAUGUAUUCAUUCUUUGACCUCAGAAGAAACCCCGGCUAUCGUUUCCCAAAAGUUGGUUCCAGAGGACCCUUACGCACAAAAGCUGACUAGUUUCAUUUACUCUCGUAUAAUGGCUGGUUUCAUAGAGAGCGACUUUGGUGAACGUCCUCCAACUGUCUAUUCUGCUCACUUGAUCUUAUAUGACCCGAAAGCGUUCCAUACUCCAGUCAGAUUUCGAACGAAGAAGAACACAGCCGUCAUGUUUUUAUCAAAUGGCGGUUUUCAGUACUUGUUCAAAGCAACAGAUUCCCAAUGGAAAACACCAAGAAGAGCAGAUAUGAUGCUGCUGUACACAGAGGUUGAUUUUUGGGUGUCUCCUCCACGAGAGUCAAUGCCGCAGCAAUCUCCCGCAGCGGCAGCGGCAGCUGAUGGUACCACAGCAAAUACGGAGAUGCUUUUGUUGGUGGAUUAUAUUUAUCUAGAUUUCCCAAAGGCGCAGGAGCGGAGGCAGCAGCGUCUUAGCAGUGUGAACACUGACAUUCGGGUUAUUCAAUGCGAUUAUGCUGGACAGAAGCAGAAGAUGACAAAUUAA